UUCAUGGUGGAUAUAUAAGCAGCUAACCUCCUUCAAUCAUAUAACACUCAGUCUAGACACCAGCGAACUUACAAAACCAUAGCCAUCAAAUUCUUUAAACAAUGAAGACUGGUGCAGUUUUUGCUUUUCUAGUCUGUCUGCUUGCAGCAGAAGUGAAAGGGCAGCAGAGUUUUACAGGCAGAUGUCUCUGUGCUGACAAAGGCGUGAAUGCGGUUUCCAGACAAUUGAUUAAGAAAGUUGAAAUCUUCUACCCAAGCCCAUCUUGUGGAAAGCAGGAAGUUAUUGUCACUCUGAUCAAUGCAAAGCGGAAAUGCCUGAAUCCAGAGUCUAAUUUUACCCAGCAUUUAAUCAAAAUGGUUCUUGAAAAGAGGGGCCCAGUAGUAGGAAUUGACUCUCAACAUAAAUCCAGAACAACAUCUGAGCCAUAAAAAGACCCUAUCAGAAAUAUCAGAUCAGAUGCUGAAUAAUCUUGCAUACGCUAAAGUAGCUUCAUUUGAAAAUCUCUUUAAAGAACUGAUACAGCAAAAAAAAAUGCAACCAGCCACUAAGCAAUCUAUUGUAAUUUUAUAAAGUGAUUUUUUUUAUAUCAUUUUUAUAUAAUUGACAUUUGUAUAAAUAAUUGUUUUAUUUGGUGUAUUAUUUUUUAAUUUAUAAAGCUAACAAACACUGUUGUGCAGUGCUGUAGUUCAUUUGUAAAUCUAUUUUAAUUAUGUAACUUUCACAUCUAUGUCAAAGUACAGAGUUUUGUAAAAUAAAGUUAUUUCUCUCCAGA